AUGGAAAAUACCGCUACACUUAGGGCGGACAAUGCGAACCUACGUAAAAUUCAAGCGAAGCUGGUACAGUGGGAACUAAAGGAAAACCCCUUAGCGCCUCUCAGUACCGCACAGACCGAUUUCAUCAAUCGUCUAUCCGACUUGGCCACUGGGAAUGUUGCACCAAAUGGAGAGACGCCGACAGACACGGUGGAAAAAUCCAGCGAGCCAACGGAGGAGCUACCGGCAUCGUUGGAACAGUUUAAACAAUCCGCUUGCGUCAUCGAUUCAACGCAGAAUUUUCUUUCCUGGUACAACUCGAUCGAUGCCGAAAUUCUUGAACAUUUCGACGAUGUGUACCUGGAGUACUACGAACAGUUGCGAUCCCGUGCUGGGGAGUGUGACCAUAUGCUGAAGGAAAUCGACGUGUCGCUGGAAUCGCUUGGCAAACUGACGCAGGAGUUUAACUUCGUUUCGGAGAAAACAUCCUCCCUGCACGAGGCAAGUGAAAGCUUGCUCCAGGAUCAAACGAAGCUUUCCGACACGGGUGAGGAAAUACGGAAAAGGUUAAAGUAUUUCACGCAAGCGGAAAGCAUUUCCCAGCGGCUACACAAUCCAACGUUUUCCGUUUCAAACGAUACGUUUGUGGAUAUCCUUAACACUAUCGACGAUUGCAUCGAGUAUAUGCGCGUAAAUCCUACGUUCAGCGAAGCAUCGGCGUACAGUGUAAAGUAUCGCACCUGUCUGGCUAAAGCGACGCAAAUGAUGAAAACGUACGUGACGAACAUACUCUCGAAUGCGACCGCGCAAGUGAUGGCCCCGAAAGGAUCCGGUGCACCCAAGUCCUUGGAGGCUCUCGAGCAACCGAAAGUGGGUGAUCGUUCGGCUGAGGCAGCGUUUGCGCUGUUCUACGGAAAAUUUCAAGCAUCUUCAUCUCGUGUGCAACGCAUCACCGCCAUGAUCGAGGAGCGGCUCGAUCGUAGCCCGGACUAUGAGCAGUUGCUGGGGGAACUUCAUCAGACCUAUCUUACGCAGCGUGCGGCGAUAAUGAGCACCGGAGUCGAUCAGGCAAUCAAAGAUCUUGCCAAAAAGCAUAAAGGUGAUCACUGUGCGCUGGUGAGAUCAGCCUGUGCCUUCAUGGUGCACAUAUCCCAAGACGAACAUCGUCUGUUUUAUCAGUUUUUCGCCAAACCAAGUGGACAGUUGAUCGGCUACAUGGAAGGACUAUGCACAAUUCUUUACGACACACUUCGGCCGUAUAUUAUCCGAAUCGACCACCUGGAAACUUUGGCCGAGAUCUGUAGUAUACUAAAGGUGGAAAUGUUGGACGAACACGUGACGUACAGUCCCGAUUCUCUGGAAGCUUUCGCCAAGAUUGUCUAUCAACUGUUACAAGACGUACAGGAGCGCAUCGGUUUUCGGGCACAAAACUACCUUGAGUCGGACAUUCGAAAUUAUAAGCCAUCGGCAGGUGACCUUGCCUAUCCGGAAAAGCUUGAAAUGAUGGAAAGUAUUGCCCUAUCGCUGCAGGACAACAGUCACCAUUAUCAUCACAAUCCACAUCAGCAUCUGCGGAGGGCGGAUUCGCGCAGUUCAAUCACUUCCGGCGUAUCGAUGGAUACUUCCCUCGAUGCGACUGCGCCGACGGCCGAACACACGCUGAAGGUCCGUUCGGGCAAUUCUCCGGCCGAUCUGCACGGCAUGUGGUACCCAACCGUGCGCCGUACGCUGGUGUGCCUUUCGCGGCUGUAUCGCUGCAUCGACAAGUCAAUUUUCCAGAGCCUUUCCCAGCAAGCGCUAACGCACUGCAUCCACAGCGUGUCGUCAGCGGCGGCCCAGAUUGCCCAAAGCCGCACCACGAUCGAUGGCGAGCUGUUCGAGAUCAAACAUCUGCUGAUCCUGCGCGAACAGAUUGCCCCGUUCCGGGUAGAUUUUACGGCGAAGGAAACGAGUCUCGAUUUCAGCAAGGUGCGUACGGCGGCCUACGAACUGCUGCAGAAGCGAAAACAACUGUUUUCACUCGGAUCGAACAAUGCGCUGCUUGAGUUUCUGCUCGACGGUACGCCGCAGGUUCGCGAACAGUUGCUCGAUUCGCGUAAGGAUGUCGACCGACAGCUGAAGACGGUUUGCGAAACGUUCAUUCGGGACGCGACGAAGCAGCUGGUCGGUCCGGUGUUAACGUUUAUUGAAUCCGCCCAAGGAUACGUGAAAAAUCAACCCAGUGCUGGAAAGUCAGGGGCUGCUGGUGCGGCGAGCGGAGGUGCAGUAGCGCAAAGUACGGGGAUGGCACUACGCAUGGCACCAUUCGCGGCUCCGCAGCAGAUUAGCUCCAUCAUACAGGAGUGCCUACGAAACAUCAAAUCAAAACUGUCCGGGCUACAGCGAUCGAUGCAGCUGUAUCUGGCAAACAAGGACACGGAGUUUAUUCUCUUCCGACCGAUACGGAACAACAUCAUCGGUGCGUUUGUCAAACUGGAACAGAUACUUCUCCUCAAUGCGUACACGAAAGAUGACCUUACCAUCGUUAGCUGCCCUUCUGCGGAGCAGAUUUCGGUGCUUCUUUCGAGUGUCAACCUGGCCGGUUCAGGCACGAGCGAUCCGACGGUGGCAGCCUUUGGCAAAACGCAAACGACUGAUGCACAGCGUAAGAUCAGUACGUCAUCGAUCAGCAGUGCUGGAAGCACGAAGGCACCGAUCGAAAAAAAGGUUAGCUUUGAUAGUGGAGCGAACACGGUGGUAGAAAUCGAAAGGAUUGAGGUUGUAGGAGAGUCCCUCGGGGAAACGGAGAUAGAGCAAGGAAAAGAGGUUUUGGUGGCGGACCAAGAUAGUUUAGUUGGCGAAAAAAACGCAGAAGCUAAAAGUAUUGGCGUCGAAGCGGAGCGAGCUUAGAUAAAUUUAAUAUUCCAAAUGUAGAGUUAUCUGCUAUACAACGGUACGAUUUAACACGUUUAAUCGGUUUAAUUUACAUCCUAUCGAGAUGCACUUUUAAUGUUAUCCCAAAUAAUUUAGGAAUAAAACAGUAAAAAC